UCCGCCUCCUAGCUAAGGUUAGCUAGGUGCUUCUCUUCUAUUUGGGUUUCUACGAUUUGGCCGCCCUGUGACAGCUAACGGAAAUGAAGAAGUUUUUCGAUGACAUUAAGAAAGACAUUAAAUUUAAAUCUGCGGGACCUGGGAAGAAACUCACAGACGAUACCAGUUCGAAGGCCGAAAGGGUGCAGAGCGGCUCCAGUGCCAAGAAUAAUCGCCAUGCUCCCAGUGAAGGAGCCCAGAGGGCUGGAGCUGCAGCCCUGGCCAGGAUUGAGCAGCAUCCGCGGCCGAAGGUCCACACCUCUCAGGACGCCAUCAGGAACCAGGUUAAAAGAGAGCUGGAGGCAGAAGCGGCUGCACUGGCUGAAAAAGGAAAGGCAGCCACAGCAGAAGGAUCCAAAGUGCCCGUGAAAGAUCCUGCAUGCCUGUCAGUGUCAGGUGUGUAUUUCACCUGUCCGCUAACUGGAGCCACUUUAACUAAGAGUGAGAGGGAGGUACACAUUAAAGAGGCCAUUUUGAUGCGGUUUGAGGAGGAUGCAGUUGAGGCCUCUGUUAUGAUGAUCCACACAUUUAACAAAGACAGAGAGAAAGUGAAGGCUGCUGUGGACAUCAUAAGCAAGUAUGUUGACAAUAUUUGUAAGAAUCCCACAGAGGAGAAAUACAGGAAGAUUAAACUCAGCAACAAGGUGUACCAGGAGAAAGUUCGUUCUGUGGAGGGCAGUCGAGAGUUCCUGCAGGCCCUGGACUUCAUAAACAUUAUGCUUCCUGUGGAGGGUCAAGAGGAGGAAGAGGAGUUCCUCGUGUUGCCGGAGCAGAGUCCCGAUGUCCUGGAGUUGAUGAAGGAGAGGAGGGAUCGUCUCCAGAGAGGAGAGCCAGUCAGAGCGCAGCUGAACAGACAGCCUCAGGCGUUCAGACCCUCUGCCAACGCCCAACGCUUCGAGCUGCCACCAGAAUUCUACAACCUUUCAGCAGAGGAGCUCAAGAAGGAGCAACAGCAGAGGAGUGAUCUGGUGGAUAAGAACGCCAUGCUGCGCACUAAGGCCAUGAGGGAGAAAGAGGAGCAGAGGGAGAGAAGGAAAUACAACUACACCCUGCUCAGGAUCAGACUGCCUGAUGGAAACCUGCUACAAGGGACCUUUUAUGCGUGGGACCGGCUGUCUGCGCUGUUUGCGUUUGUGCGGGAGUCUUUGGUGGACGGCUGGCAGCCCUUUGAGCUUAUUGCUCCUGGAAGUCAGAAACUACAAGAGUCCGACGAAGUCGCUCUCGCAGAGUGUAACUUGGUCCCUGCGGCUCUGCUCACGUUUGCCUGGGAUGCAGCCGUGCAGGCGGAUAUUGCAGCUGCAGGUGGAAAGAGCCCCUCCCUCCUCAAACCAGAGCUGCUGGAAACCAUUCAGACCCUCAGCUGAGCAGAAACUCUGUCCCUGAGCCCCCCCCUGCUACAGUACCUCCCCUCCUGGCACUAAAUGGGUGAAACUGCCCCUCACAAAUGACUAGUGAUGAGUUUAUUUUUACUACAAAUUCUAACUUAAUUCCGUAGCAGCGAUAGACCAGGGGUAGUCUCACCCUAAUGCUUUUGCUGAGCGUACCCCCCCCUCUCUCCAUGUGGGGAUAAUGUCACACUACAGACUGUCUCAGCAGCACAUUGUGUUGAAGGAAGCAGUACUAACAGAUAUGAGGAGGAAGCGAGGGCCAAGUCUUGUUUUUUGUUGCAUCUUGAAUGAAUGUACGUGCUGUGGAAUAAACAGACUGUGGCAGCAGUCCUCUGUGCUGUAACAGUCAACAGUCAGGUGUUGUUCACGGGGCAUGUUGAGACCUUCUUUUAACUGUGUCAACACUUCCUCCCCUUCUUUUGAAGUCAGCAGCCCGUCGGAUUAACAGUGUUCACCUUUUGACUGUAGAAGAAAAUUAUGAGUAGUGAAGCCAAGUGACUCCGGUCAGGUACUGUUGUUCAUCCUUUCAGCACCGAGCUUCUUUCGUUUUGAGAGCCGCUGGGUGUCUGAUCCCUGGCUUUACGUAAGGCUGAAAUGCUUCUGUGUUCGGCGGUGCUCAAGGUUAACAGUGUUUUGUCUGAUUUGGUGUGAUAUGAAUCUGGCUUUCCUGUUUGUCCUCAGCUCUGCAGUGGCCUUGCACUCCUUGGUGUUGUACAACAGACUUCUCUGAUUGCUUUCAGAAUAAAAGCACCAAGUGUAUUUUUACAUCUAUGAGCACAAGCCUAAACCAGAAAUCAGAUAAUUUCACUUAAAAUUUUGGUCCAAAACUGAAAAGUUGUCCACUGAUAAGACCCCCGAUGUGCAACAUUUUUUUAUUGGCCGUGUAAUGAUGUUCUAAUACCAAAAUAUUUUCUUAUAUUUUACCACUUUGAAGCGCUUUUCAGGAUUAUUUAAAACUAUAUAAAUGCUUUAGGUGUAAAGUAUGCCCUAAAUGUAAAAUGUAAAAAAAAAAACCCUUCUCAAACAUACUGCUUUGUUCACACUACUCAAGUGAUAAAUGGUUUAAUUUCAGAGGCUCACUGCAGAAGCUUCAUGCAACCAACUUACUCUGGCAUGCAGGCAGGCAUGAAUUAUUUAUUUUAUUAAACUGGCAGCAUGGACUUGUUUCUUGAUCAUGGUGGUUUUAAUUAAGUCUUGUAUUUUGUUUGUAUCAAACACAUUUCCUUGUGUUAAAAGGGGUCUACAUUUCAAACAGGGUGGCCAUACAUAUGAAAAUAUAAUUCAUAGCACCACCUGCAUCCAAUGAGAAAUUUAAGUUGUGAAAAACUUAAGUUCCAAAUUUACCCCAAAAUUGUGUAAAACGUUGUAGAUCCACCCUUUCUCUUGAUACACGUCAUUGAAGGUUAGUACGUUUAUUUCGGUAGUGGUUUUGCUGUAUGUGAGUCUACCAGGUAAAUUGUAAAAGCUAAGUAUAGUUUCUCCUGCUUGUGGUUGGUUAAGAUAACAACAUCCUACCUCUUAUUGGUCAUCUCUGUAAUACAUCCCAGUGAGUUUCACACAAAAGGCAAAAAGUAGAUAUUUAAAGUCCUGGCAUUGUUUUGUUUUACAUCAAAAUCUUUAACAACUUAAAUCUGCACACAAAAUACACAUAACUGCUGAGUUAUACAAUCUGAUGUCAAGUGUAAACUCUGUGGAUAAUCCCAGCAUCCGUCAAGCCAAGUCGGUCAUAAACAUUUCUGCACUCCUCUGCUGUCUCGUUCAGCCUGUCCACCAGGUGCCCACAGGUAUUCAAUAGAAGGGAGAAAAUGUUUUAUCUGCAUUGUUACCUUAUUAAAAAAAUUAGUGAGCAGUUGUGAUCUGUCCAGAUGUUUGGAGUUGUGUUCUGUUGCUUUUUAACCUGCCUGUAAUAAAGAUCGCUUGCACUGCAUCUUACCUUUUGUUUAAUAAACAGAGGCAAAUCAGUGUUUAACUUUGAUCUAUACCUAAAGAGAGGCGACUUAACACCCACUAACACAUGACUGACUAGACAUGGCAUGCUCUAUGCUGACUUUCCUGAAAAGAAAUGUGUUGCAUGCUAGUGUUGAAGUUAAAUAAUACUUUAUUGAAAACAAAGAGCAUCUGCAACAACACCUGCAAAUGAAACAACUGAGGGU